GUGUACAAAAUAACAUUCGUUUGUUUACUCAGAACAAGCUGUGUGCAAAUUAAUUUUUAUUAUAACUAACAAAUUUUUAUAGACGAAGGGCUGGUAAUUAUUCGGAGUCUAAGAGCGCCAGACAGAUUAGGUAAUAUUCGUGUAGUACCACCUUGUAAAGUAUAAUCGGCCACGUUCAAUCAUAGUACUAUUCGAGGAGAUUAUGGCUCAUUUUUCUAUUUCGGGUUACCUGAUAUAGUUAUCACAACCGCCCAGAUAGACCACGUGGAAGAUAAUGCAGUUGCCUAAUUUUUGCAAUAUCGACCAUGAAUUAUUGAAAAAGAAGAAAUUCGAAGAAAACGGAUGAAAUUUCAAUUGCCCCGUUCGCGUAGUAGCCAAAACAGACAUGGGUAUGUCGGCGUAUGGGUCGGUACAGAAGUUCGAUCAAUGAAGAGGGGAUGUUCUAUGGCCGAAUGGUUCCUACUGAUAUUUGUUCUUGACAUUAAAAUGUAUUUCGUGCAAGAGAACGUGAGGAAAGAAUGUUUCACGGAAGUCGAAAAGGCGAUCGAACAAAGUUUGGCUGUUAUCGAAGAAGAAAAACCCGCUUCUAUUUUCCAACCAGAGCUAGUAUUUUCAGGAAAGGAGAAUCUCUCUACGGAAGAACUAAUGCUGGCCUAUGCACAAAUUGGUGUUCGCAGUGUUUAUGGCAAUAUAUUGAAGACGUGUGAUUAUGACAUGAUAACGAAAAAAACACUAACAUUAUUCCAAGCUGUUUUUAUACCAGGUUUCUACCUUCUUCUCCUUGGAGCCGAUUAUCUUGAAGGCGUUUCAAAUCUGCGAGAGCUUGACGAAAUAAAAAUGAGAGCAUUCUGGGUUGUAGUCGACCUCCUAGACUUGUUGGAUUUACAAUCAAACAUGUGGGAAUCAAAUCAAGGAGAGCUACCCUACAUCACUGUUGGAUUCAUAUAUUUUUAUUGCUAUAUUAUACUGAUCGUUUUACCCCCACUGUCUCUAGCCGAAAUGAGCAAACGAAACCAGUCCAGACCUCAUGAAAUGCUGAUCUAUCUUUUGGCAAGUUUUGUGACUAUUAAUCUAGCAACGACAGCAAUUAGGUUGGUUUUACUGGUGAGCAACAGAUUUGCUGGAGUUUCAUCUAUAUUCAUUGGAAAGAACGUUGUUUGCAUUUUUCUCAAGUCAACGAAACUUCUGCAAAUCUACCUCGUGAAGAAGAAAAAAAUUCGAUUUCAUCGUGAUGAUGAAACUACAUUUAAGUUAAACGAUCUGAAAAAGGAUGAAAGAAAUCAAACAACACUAGGGGAACUGGAAAUUGGAAAAGAUAUUGUGACUGUUGAUACUCAAAAUAUGAACCGCAAAGAUGGCAGUGUGAGAAGAAAACAAUCUGACGGCAACAUUCCAGGAAAAGAUCAAAAGUCAAUGUGGUGCAUUGGUAUUUCUAAUGAAGAAGAACAUAUGAAAUAUCCUAGAAAUAGUAUAAAAGAGUGCAACACAUUCGUUACAAACCUAGGUAAAUAUUCUUCCCCAACAGUUGUAUCUCAUAAAACAACAAGUUCUGACGAAUACCACAUGGACUACGCGUCGGGUUGUUCGACAUGGACUCCCGGUUUUCUUAAUGCUGCAAGAAAAUCUGCUGCGGAGUACAGAAGUAUGGAUGAAAUACUUAAUAACAAUUUGUCCCCAGACAAUUCAGCUGAUGCCCUUUCAAGAAAAAUGUCACGUAGUAUAUCGGCAAGACUUGAUAACAUGUUCCCUGAUGGAAAUGGUGAAAAACGAGUCAGGUUCCGGAAAGAAAAAUUGAGCCCUGUAAAUUCUGAAGAGCACGAAGCAACGCAUGAAACACUUUUGAAUGAAACGAAGGUGCCAGAAAAUGAAACAGGGGGGAUGAUUAGAAUACCAAGUUUGCUAUCUUCCGAUUCCAUCCAUCCAUAUUCUUCCACCGAUAAUUCAACGUCAACAACUGAUUGUGGCUUACAUAUGAAAAGCAUAAAGGAAUGGAACUCAUCGGUUAUGAAUCACCUCGAAGCACUGCGGAACAACUUGCGACAAGAUUCACCCAUGCAUAAUGACAAGAACGAAAAAGAACGUGACGAUUUGAUUCCACUAGAAUUCCAGAACGUACAAUCUUCCGAUACGAAUAUAGCAGAAGAUGAAGAAGACCAAUUUCCUUUCAGGAUACCAUCACCACUUCCCGAUUCAAUUCCUGAUCCACAAUGCAAUGACGUGUACGACACCAGCAAUCAAAUAUUUGGAUCUAUAGGUUCGUUACGCUCAGAACUGCUGAGUCCAUUUAGCCCAAUUGCCUCAGCAGUGACUUCAUCUCCAUCAGUAGAAUCGGGGACUGCACCGUCAGCCACCACAAGUGGCAUACUACCACCUCCAAUGGAAAUCAAUUCGACCAAUUUUAUGCAAACAGGGCCAAAUUAUUUUUCAAAAACUAUCAUGCUAGGUCUUACAGACAACAGCAGUACUGCGUAUCAAGAGAACGGUCUGGAAUUACCAGACGAAAACUAUUUUCGUCGACCGUUGACACAAUAUCAAAAUUCGAUUGAUAGUGGUCAUUUGUCUGAUACAACGCCGUUUCUAAAACGGGACAAUUCUUCUGGUUUGAUGCGUAAACUGGUAAACACGGCAUGCCAAACCAAUAUGACAAACACAACAACGUGAGGGGAAACAAACCAAAAAGGGAGUGGAAUGUUGCAAAUGAUGGAGAUGGAAAAAUAAUUGAUAACAUAUUAUCUACCUAACGCAUACCAACUUCUAACGCAGAACUGUAAAUCGACUAAUUUCCAAUGUCCAAAAUCGAAACUGCAAACCCGAUUUGAGAAAAUUUCUUUCCGAGGCGAAGUUUCUUGCAUUGCAAUAACGGAUUGAAUGCCAUCAAAUAUGGCAUUGUAUGAUGAAUCUUUCCACAAUGAUGAUACAUUGAAUGAUAUGAAUAACGUUUGUAUGCUUCUUUAAAAUUCAGACACGAGCUUGAACCAAGCAGUACGGCACACAACGCACUAAACAGAAUAGUAAAAUAAUGGCUUGACCUGUGAAGCAAGACAUAUAUAAAGUUGCUUCAUUGACUUAGCAUUAAUGUUUGUUAUAAAAUUUUACUACUUUUUAUUUUUUCUAUUAUUAUUUUAACGUUAUAUAGUUACCAAGCUCCGUUUUAUAUAACCCAUACUACACUUCAUAAACAUUUUAUUACAAAAUUAUUCCAUUGGGUAAUCCAAUGCUGAAAUUGCUUCAUUGACUUAGCAUCAAUGAUUGUUAUGAAAUUUUACUAUUUUUUAUUUUUCUUAUUAUAAUUUUCACGUUAUAUAUUGUUACCAAGCAACGUCCUAUAAACCCAUAUUACACUUCAUAAACUAAAUUUUUCUUCAUAAAAUAAAUUUUUUUCAUAAGAUGAUUCCGUUGGCAUAUCUGUAUAGUUGAAUAAAAACUUCAUUGCUGUCUGUGCGUCGAAAACUUAUUUUAAAGUGACUGGGUAAUUGAUUUUCAGUUCAUAAGUUUAAUGAUCAAUUACACUUUUGUAUUUGUGGGGGCUAGUUUGACAAUUUUGCUCAAUUUCAGCUGGUAAUAAAAAUGUGGAAAUAGUGUUCGUAUAUUAUAUAAUAGUUAUUUAUUUUACUGGCAUGCAAUUUUCUAUUCGUUUUAUUUUACAUUGAUUCGUGCCAGCAAUAAAAUUUUGCAUUAC